AUGGAUUGGCAUCAAGAAUUGGGGUUCACCGAUCGAUUACGAGCCAUCCAAUCUCUCACCUUAGUCUAUCAGCAAACAUCAUCCUCAGAUGCUUUUGCCGAGGCCCAAGCGCGGGCUAGGCAAUGUGAGAAUGAAGCUUACGACCGUGCUACCUCCAAGGAGCAAUAUGAUCAAAUUUGUCAGAGGGCGAUUGACGAAGCGGAGACUACCAGUUCUGUAACAGUGGCCAAUGACAGCUCACCUCCUGACCAAGAUAUUUUUUCAGACGAAUCAGCACCGGGGGAGACAUUUGGCCAGUAUAAAUCAUGCUUUCAUCAUUUUGAUGGUAUUCAUUCAACAAUCUACCGAACCAAAGCAGAGGAUGGAUCGGCGCGAGCUAUCAAAAUCACCACCCCACAUCUCAUGACAGCUCCUCACGAUGCUCAUCGCGAGGUCCGGCUACUCCGAGAAGCAUCCAACCAAUACGUGAUUCCCUUGAUUGAGACAUUCAAUCUAGACGAGGGUCGAUUAAUCCUGGUUUUGCCAUUCUUGCGUUUCGACUUCGAGCAUUUGUUGCGGCGGGACAUGGUCACUGCAGCCCAGACCCGUUCCAUCUUACGGGAUAUGUUCUCUGGUCUUGCCCAUAUUCACAAAUUAGGGAUCAUCCAUCGCGAUAUCAAGCCUUCCAAUAUUCUGAUGGACUCACUCAAUGGACCUGCAUACCUGGCUGAUUUUGGGAUUUCCUGGAAGGGGGGAGACCCUGGAUCGGAGCCCUCAGAUUCAAAAAUCACCGAUGUAGGUACGACUUGCUACCGCCCACCAGAGAUCCUAUUUGGGUAUCGGGGAUACGGUGCGGCCGUGGACCUGUGGGCGGCAGGGUGCGUGGUAGCGGAGUCUGCCGUCGUAGGCCAUCGUACUCUUUUCGAUUCCGGGCCUCUGGGCAGUGACCUGUCCUUAAUCCACUCUAUCUUCCAGACGCUAGGGACACCAGAUGAAAAUAACUGGCCAGGAGCUCAUGUGCUGCCAGAUUGGGGCAAGAUGGAAUUUUACCCCUUGGCAGCGCAGUCCUGGGAUGAGAUUAUGCCUGGUGCUUCCUCCAAGGGCCGAGACUUAGUCCAGCAAUUGAUUCGUUACGAGAGCAGCCAACGAAUCUCUGCCGAAGAGCCCCUGGGGAAGCAGGCUAAAAACGCCUUCGGCAAGUAUGCUACGAGAUAG